GUCUGCCUCUCCACAAUCCACUUCUAGCUCUAAUCAAGGUUCAGAGACUGAAGGUAUGUACACAUGAGUGCUGGUAUGCUGAGAGACAUCAGAUCCUGUGGAGCUGGAGUUCCAGGAGUUGUAAGCACCAUUAGAUUUGGAAACGCAUUGAGAAAUUAGCCUGGGCAACCUGCAAGGCACAAGGCACAAGAUUCUGCAUGGCCAUUUGUUCUCCUGGGAGGUGAACACUUGCUUUGAUUCACAGAGUCAGGAGAAAUGGCAAAGCGAACCUUCUCCACCUUGGAAGCGUUCCUCAUUUUCCUUCUGGUAAUAAUGACAGCCAUUACAGUGGCCCUUCUCACCCUCCUGUUCGUCACCAGUGGGACCAUUGAAAACAACAAAGAUUCAGGAAAUCACUGGUUUCCAACUACCCAGGUCUCCACAACCACCCAGACCUCUCCAAUUACACAAGCUCCAGACUUUCCUUCAUUUCAGAACUUCAGUGGCUACUACAUUGGUGUUGGGCGAGCUGAUUGCACAGGACAAGUGUCAGAUAUCAAUUUGAUGGGCUAUGGCAAAAAUGGCCAGAAUGCACGGGGUCUCCUCACCAGGCUGUUCAGCCGUGCUUUCAUCUUCGCGGAUCCAGAUGGGUCAAAUCGAAUGGCAUUUGUGAGCGUGGAACUAUGUAUGAUUUCCCAACGACUCAGGUUGGAGGUCCUGAAGAGACUACAGAGUAAAUAUGGCUCUCUGUAUCGAAGAGACAAUGUUAUCCUGAGUGCCAUUCAUACACACUCUGGCCCAGCAGGGUUUUUCCAAUAUACGCUCUAUAUCCUUGCCAGUGAGGGGUUCAGCAAUCGGACCUUCCAGUACUUAGUCUCUGGGAUUGUGAAGAGCAUUGAUAUAGCUCAUGAAAAUCUUAAACCAGGCAAAAUCCUUAUCAACAAAGGAAAUGUUGCUAAUGCACAGAUCAACCGAAGCCCCUCCUCUUAUCUUCAGAAUCCACAGUCGGAGAGAGCAAGGUAUUCUUCAAACACAGACAAGGAAAUGUUGAUCUUGAAACUGGUGGAUUUGAAUGGAGAAGACUUGGGCCUUAUCAGCUGGUUUGCCAUCCACCCCGUGAGCAUGAACAAUACCAACCACCUUGUAAACAGCGACAAUAUGGGCUAUGCAGCUUACCUUUUUGAGCAAGAAAAGAACAGAGGCUAUCUGCCUGGACAGGGACCAUUCGUAGCAGGCUUUGCUUCAUCAAAUCUCGGAGAUGUGUCACCCAACACUCUUGGCCCACAUUGCGUCAACACAGGGGAGUCUUGUGACAAUGACAAAAGCACCUGUCCCAACGGUGGGCCUAGCGUGUGCAUGGCCAGCGGACCUGGACAAGAUAUGGUUGAGAGCACACACAUUAUAGGACGGAUCAUCUAUCAGAAAGCCAAGGAGCUGUAUGCCUCUGCCUCCCAGGAAGUGACUGGCCCAGUGCUUGCAGCUCACCAGUGGGUGAACAUGACGGACGUGAGCGUCCCGCUCAAUGCCACACACACAGUGAAGACGUGUAAACCUGCCCUGGGUUACAGUUUUGCCGCAGGCACAAUUGAUGGAGUUUCGGGCCUCAAUAUUACACAGGGAACAACAGAAGGAGAUCUAUUUUGGGACACUAUUCGGGACCAGCUCCUGGGAAAGCCAUCUCAAGAAAUCAUAGAAUGCCAGAAACCUAAACCAAUCCUACUUCACACAGGCGAGCUGACAAAACCUCAUCCUUGGCACCCAGAUAUUGUUGAUGUUCAGAUUGUUACUCUUGGGUCACUGGCCAUAGCUGCUAUCCCUGGGGAAUUUACAACCAUGUCAGGACGAAGAUUUCGUGAGGCAGUUAAAAAAGAAUUUGCACUUUAUGGGAUGAAGGAUAUGACCGUUGUUACUUCAGGUCUAUGCAAUGUUUAUACACAUUACGUUACCACAUAUGAAGAAUACCAGGCUCAGCGGUAUGAGGCAGCAUCUACACUGUAUGGACCACACACCCUGUCGGCAUACAUCCAGCUGUACAGCGCCCUUGCUAAGGCAAUUGCUACGGACACAGUAGCCAAUAUGAGCAGUGGUCCCGAGCCUCCGUUCUUCAAUAAUCUGAUACCUUCACUUAUUCCUAAUAUUGCGGACAGAACACCAGUAGGCAAGCAUUUUGGGGAUGUCCUGCAACCAGCAAAACCUGAGUACAGAAUGGGAGAAGUGGUUGAAGUUAUAUUUGUAGGUGCUAACCCAAAGAAUUCAGCAGAAAACCAGACCCAUCAGACCUUCCUCACUGUGGAGAAGUAUGAAGACUCUGUAGCUGACUGGCAGAUAUUGUAUAAUGAUGCCUCCUGGGAGACUAGGUUUUAUUGGGACAAGGGAAUUCUGGGUCUAAGCAAUGCAACAAUACAUUGGCAUAUCCCAGAUUCUGCCCUCCCUGGAAUCUACAGAAUAAGAUAUCUUGGACACAACCGGAAACAGGAACUUCUGAAGCCUGCUGUUAUACUAGAAUUUGAAGGAAUUUCUUCUCCUUUUGAAGUCGUCACUACUUAGUGAAAAGUUGACAGAUAUUGAAGGACAGCUUUUCUCUGUGCACAUUUUAGAGUGAUGUCACACAAAUGUGAACUACCAGUGUAAUUUUUGUAAUUGUCUCUGUUUGGGGGACAGAUCGUUUAUAGCUAAUGGGACAGAGGUAUGUGUUUGUGUUGUUGUAUGAUUAUGUGCAUGCAUGCUAACAGAGAGAGAGAGAGAGAGUGAGUUAUUAGUGAGUAAGAGGAUAUGAGAGAAGGGCGGCCACUGGCAUCCAUAUACUUUGUGAUCUUUAUCCUAAAGCAUGAUUUUCCUUGAAGCUCUGUGAUUGUUUAAGAGAUAAUUCCCUCUAAUAUGAAGUCCCUGAAAUAUAGUGACAGUAUGUGAAGAUAUGUGAAUGAUGUUUAUCCUAUUUAUUUAUAGACUUAUUAAACGAGAACUUUCCAGAAGUCCUCUAGAAUGAUACUUGAUUUUACAGAGAGGAAAAUGGAGAUUCAAUUCUCUUUAGAUUAGAGUAAGGUUAUUAUAUAUUUUCCCUAGUUACAUUUACAAAAUACCAUGUAACCUUACUACUACAAAUAUUUGAGCCCAGCUAAAAUAUUACCAGAAAAUUAGCAUGUCAGGUUUUUGUUUUGUUUUGCUUUUACAUUCAAACAAGCAUAGUCCUUCAGGUCAGUCACUUUAGAAUGGAUCUGCCUGCCUCAGGGUUAUUGUUCAUGCUCAGAUCAUUUCUGGAAUUGCCUCCAGAGUCCAACUAUGCGAAUGUCACUUGCAGUGAUUUGAUUUAUGCCUUGUAUUCCUCAAAGUGUCCUUAUCUUGCUAAGUCACGCCUCUUCCUCCCAACAUUUACUCUGAAGGAUUUUUCAAUGUUUUCACCAAUCAAAUGUACCUCACACUACAAAGCUUUGCCUUGAAUGUAGAUUUGAAAACAAGUGUUAAGGCUGGAAAUGUAGUCAUCAAAGGGCAAGUUUUAAAUGUAUCUCACUGUUCUUUUGUCAGCUCGUCACUCUUUCAUGGUUCUCUUGAAUCACUGAUCAUUAUUUAAACCCACAUAUCCAAUGUUGUACUCACUCCUGGGUCUCCACAAUUACACACAUUAUAUUGAGAUGAUUGGGUAGACAAUUUCUUUGAAGGGUAAAAUGUUCAACUAGAAAUAUAAAUUCUGGAGAGAUAUUUGAAGUCACAAAUGUUCAUUCAUCUCUGUUUCGUGUUUCCCAGGCUGGGUCUUCUGAUUUGGGAUGAAAGAGGCCUCAAACAAUUUCUAAGUAUUAAUCUGAAAGUAAUGUUUUAGAAAUGACAGUCUAGACAGUCUAAUGAAUGAGAUGAGACAAUGUAACAUGAAUUGUCUGAAAGUACUAGCUGCAUUUAAAAUUACUUAAGUUAACUGGUAAAGCCAAUUUUUGAUCCCCAAUCAUAUUUUUGUAGGGAGGGAAAAAGAGUAAGCAUUUUAGGGGAAAACUAAUCUUUAUUUCAAAACUAUAUUUAUUUUAAAAAUAAUAGUGGUAAGGUAAACCUUCAUUUAUUUUCCUAUGGUUUACCUACUCAAACAUUGUAGAUUGAAUCAAAAGGCACCUGGAGCAUGUUUUGGUGACUCUGUUUCCUACUUGGUAAUUCUAUGGAUGUUAACUGCUGAAGAAUAAACUGAUCAGGAUUUUCAAGAGUUGUGAACAUGUCUUCUGAUGGAAACACUCUAUUAAGUAUAAAGGUUCAAAAUAGUUGAUUUCAAAUAUAUAUAUGUAUAUAUGUAUGUAUAUAUAUUCAUACACAUACAUGUGCACACACACGGCAUUGUUUAAAAUUUAUUUCUCAUGACCCUGAACAAUACAAGGAUUAUACAAAGAUUCAUUUCCCACCACCAUUCUCCCCAGUGAAGCUUUUCUCAAAGUCUGAGUAGGAGUUUCUCCUUUCUCACUGGUAACUAUGCCACAGUGGCCAUUAUAUCACUAGUAAUCUGUGUGCCCAGCUCUGCAUGGAAAUAAAUCACAGAAACAUAAUUUCCCAGUAGACUUAGUCUCUUCCAGCCUGCAUGCUUCUAGUGUAUGCAAUCUGUAAAAAAAAAACCAGGUCCCUGCAAUAUUCAACCAUAGCAACUUACCUGUGCACAAAGGAACCUCACUAGAUAACCAAUCUGAUCAGCCCAUCUAAAGUCACAGAUCUUGUUUAUGUCUCAGUCUGGAAUAGUUUCAUGGAGCCAAAAUACAUGGAGGAAUCUCUGGAAAAGGCACUGAGUGUGGAAAGUGGUUGGUUGGGUUGGUGAGAGCACUGUUUCUGAGAAGGGUUUGUCUGUGCUUUACUGUGCUGUGCCUCAUCUGCUCUGAUUUCAAGGAUUCUGUGAUUCUGUCAGAAAGCCUAGAGUAAUUCCCUUUCCAGGUCUGUGUUUUGUUUUGCUAUUUUUUUGAUAAAUAUUCUGUAAAAACUGUCAGCAUUCAAGAUUGUAUUUAAUAAUUAAGACUUAUACUUGGACAAAAAUAGUUGAUGAAAGCAAAUUGUAAUGAGAGGUAAUGCAGACUCUCUGAAGAAGAGAUGGAAGAAGGCCAUGGUUCUAUGUUAUUUGAGGUGGGGGAGGGUAGUAGAAAUAACCUUUGCAGAUAGACAGCCACUUAAUCUAAAUGCAGCCACUCUUAAUUCCCUUCCAACCUGACAGUCAGAUGUUGGUAAAGCGUGUUUCGCAGGCACUUCAUGGGCUUCUUGGGCAGCUGAGACGUUCUCUUGGCAGGCAGCUAGUUAUAAAGUUAUGAGCUGAUUCUGAAUAGCAAGACCAAGAAUAAAUUUACUGAUGGACAACCUUUUCCAAUUUGCCAUCUCAUGUUUCUCUUCCAGCAUAAGUGAGCCCAUUCCCUUUCCCUGGUAUUAAAAUGUGGAUUUUAUUCUUAAAUAAAAAUUACCAUCAUUAGAUGAUUGCUUUGUAACUUUAGUGUUUCAAAAUGAUACCCAUUGUUCCUAAGCAUUCACUCUUGCUUGCUGAUUUAAACUGGCUUUUGGGAUCUCUAACUGAUAAAAUCCCAGAGAAGGAAACAUAUUUCACUAUACAAAGAGUUAAUAUAACAUGUAGUGGUAAGCAGCAAGAUAUUCCUGAUCAACAGUAGUUCAGACUGUAAGCAAUCUCACAUAGCAGUAACUCUUGAGGUACCCAUUUCAUAUAUGUUCUAGCUACCCACUGACAUCACUGACACUUUUCUUAGCAUAUUGAUAUUAAUUCUCUGGCUUAUCCUCUCAGUCAAAAGAUUUCUCUGUACAAUUGCAGGCCAAAGUAAAGGAAGGGAGGAAGCUUAUGUUUAGGAUCUUUUUUUUUUUUUUUGGAAGGUAGAAACUAGUAAGAACAUGAGAAGAAUACCCCUUAUAUUUCUGUUCUCUAGAACUGUGCCAUGUGGUCAUUCAUAGCUGCAAAGGAGCCCUGGAAAGAGAAUACUUGUUAUUUUCCACUUUGAGAAGAAAAGGCAAAUCCUGAUAGCAAGGAUAAAGAGAUGGAGGGUGCAACUUUUUAAAAGUAUAUCAACAAAGUAUUCUGCAUCUUUAGAGAUUUACUUCUUGAUCCAUGAUAUAUGCAUGACACAUCGGCACAGCUUAUUUAAAAAAAAAUGAUACUUCCAUCAUUGAAUGAAGGGAACCUGUGACAUGGAGAGGAGGGCAUGGAAGAUCAUUCAUCAGCUCUUGACAAAAUAUCACAUCAUUUUCACAUCUCAUUUAUAGACAUAUGUAAAGCUUACCAUAUCUACACUCCCAACCUAUUUUCUCUUUGCAAUAACAAAAGUGAGUUUUACCCUAGGAGAUAUAUCUUAGAAAAGCCAUCAGAACUAUGGUCCUCUAUAGGAGUUGACAUUUCCACUGGAAAGUGUAUUUCUUGAGUAAGUUUGUGUUGAGCACCUGUGUACUUGUGGCUGAUUAAAUCUCUAGGAUAAAACAUGAUGAGGCCACAUAGCUGUUUUUUUUGUUUGUUUGUUUUAUUUUUUAAAUCAAUGAAAUUGGAGUUCAAAGGAUAAAGCAGAUAGGUCAAUAGAUACUUAAUGUACAUCAUGUUCCCCACUGCUAUAGUAUUCCUGGUAGUAAAGAUGACAACUCAGUACAGUUUGGGAAGAUAUCCUAGUAGGUUUCUUGGGAAAUAACCUCUUAGUUAAGACCUAAAGUAGAUGAAGAAAUUAGCCAAAGGAAAAGGAAUAUUGAGUUUGUGAUAGUGCACAGACCAGGUAUUGUAUAGGACGAUUCGCUUUCAUUGAGAACUGAAUCAUGACAGGCCUAGAUGUUACUAUGCUUUCCCAAAUCUUUACUCAGGGUUGUGCAUUGAUACUCAAUGACAGUCUGAAUUUCAGUGAGGAGAGAGGAGAGUCUGUUGGUAUAGUUACCAAGGAGUGAUGGAGUGUAGACUAAGAAUCAGUGCACUGUGUCAGGCAUAUAGACAUUAUAUAUAGGUACCAGGUAGGGGAAAUAGCAAGUAUUUUAUCAAGGCUAUAAUUACAGUAUAAGAGGACAUUGGCCAGGGCUAUAACACUGAAUUUGUCUUCAUGAGUAACAAAUGGUUUCUAUUUGCAUUUUCUCCUUGAAACUGUUCUGUUAUAAUGUAAAUGUCCUUGAAUGUAUUUGCCCUAUGCUCCAAUAAUAAAGCACAUCUUUUAUAAUCGA